AUGCAGUUCAAAUCCAUUAUUCGAGUGCUUAAAGGAAAGAAUGACUUAGAUAACAAGCAAAAGAAACUAUCCGAGGCAAAAUGCGUGCGAGGUCAUAUAAAAUCACACAUUACUACUGAGGGGUCAUUGCCAGCCAAAUCGGCAUUGGUACAAGAAACUGAAGAAAGCCUGUGGGCAAAUUUGCCUUCCGAGUUGCUUCUUGAUAUUUUUGGUAGAGUGGAGGAAAAUGAGACUACAUGGCCAGCCCGGAGGGCUGUGGUUGCGUGUGCUGGGGUUUGCAGGUCAUGGAGAGAAGUUGCUAAGGAAGUUGUAAAGACCCCUGAAGAAUGUGGGUUACUCACUUUUCCCAUGUCAUUGAAGCAGCCGGGUCCAAGAGAUUCUCCAAUUCAAUGCUUUAUCAAAAGGGAAAGGGCGACAUCAAUGUACCUGUUGUAUCUUGGCUUGACCCGUGGAGAACCGAGCAAAUUGUUGCUGGCUGCAAAAAGGAUCAGGAGGGCCACAAAAACAAAUUUUUUGAUAUCAUUGUCUGCAAAUGAUUUUACUCAGACUAGUAACAAUUAUGUUGGAAAACUAAGGUCCAACUUUUUCGGCUCCAAGUUUGUUAUUCAUGCUUGUCAGCCACCAUCUAGCUCCACUAUCCAAUCGCAUGGUUGGUCACAUAAAAAGGUCUCUACGUGGAAGGUGACCCCGAGUCUACCUGUUUGCAAUUAUAAUGUGGCCACAAUAUCAUAUGAGCUAAAUGUUCUUCGUACUAGAGGGCCAAGAAGAAUGCAGUGCAACAUGCAAACAAUCCCUGUCUCCGCAAUUCAAGAAGGCGGAAGUGCCCCUACCCCUGCUACAUUUAGUAAUGACCUCGAAGAAAUGUUCUCUCCCUUGUCAGUGUUGACUAAGAAAAACCAAAAAUCAACUUCCAUUAGUCCUGUCAAAUUACCAGCAUCCAUUUGCAGCACUAAAGAUCCACUUGUUUUAAGAAACAAAAUUCCUAGAUGGCAUGAGCAGCUCCAGUGUUGGUGCCUGAACUUCAGAGGACGUGUUACAGUGGCCUCUGUAAAGAAUUUUCAACUGGUCGCUGCUGUUGACGAGUCAAAGAAUGUCCCCUCUGUAGAACAAGAAAAAGUGAUCUUGCAAUUCCGGAAGAUAGGGAAAGACAUUUACCAUGGACUAUAUUUACCCCCUUUCUGCCUUUCAGGCAUUCAAAAUCUGUUUAAGCAGCUUUGA